AUGGUCGCUAUUGAGCGCAGACAUUGGGACACAGCGAAGCUGAUCCUCAGUAUCGCGGAAGCUCAGCACAAGCCCGACAUCUCUCGAACUUCUGCCACCGAGGAAAAGUUCUCGGACGACGAGUCCGAGUCCGAGUCCAUGGAUAUCGACGAAGAUGGCCCUGAGCCGAAGCCCAUCGACUUCGCUGACAUAGCAGCGCGUCCGUCCAAGAAUCCAAACGCGAAGGUUGACCCUGUGGACAAGUGGGCGACGUUCGACGUGAUCCUUCGCCAGGACCGCUCCGAGUUUCUUGACGCGUACAUCCGCGAGACUGGGGCCGGCGUCUAUUCCUCCCGCACUGGCCUGCCAACGAUCGAGCUCGAUACAGACGGUGCCGACGGUGAGGCGGUAGACAAAAAGAAGAAACACAUAUACCUUGGUCUAGACUGGCAUGGUUUGAAGCGCUCAGAGCGAGGCAAGUCCAACGGCACGCGGGCCGCAGACUACGGUUCACUCAAGAUUCUGGAGUACCUCUCGAGCUCUCGUCCGCUCGCUGCGUAG